AUGGAAUCUAUAAGACAAUUCAUGCUAAAUCUCAUCAGGCAAAACUGUCCUGGGAGUGAAGAUACACAGUGGAAGGGUUCAGGAACUCUUACCAAAAGAUUAUUAAUUAAAUCAGAAAAAGCUUUGCCUCAAAACUCUGACUUAUCAAAUAUUGAGAAAAGUGAUGGCACAUAUGUGCCUGCUCAUGCUGAUGAGAAGCAUCAGAUUUCUGAUUCUUCUUCCAGAACUAAUUCUAGUCUUGAAUUUAGUAUAGAAGCAACAUCAAUUCUCAUUAAUUAG